AAAAGGAAAAUGAUAUACAUAAAAAGGAAAUAUUGAAGAAAAAUUAGCAUUAAUUUUAUCAUAAAUUCCGAACUUAAUUCCAUUUCGAGAAGUAUAUUUUACAUAUAUCAUUACCCUUGAAAAAAACAUAUUACAAGUACAUGAUUUUCAUCAUUUAAAAAAAAAAAAAGAAAAGAAAAGAAAAAAGAGAAAAGAAUUUUUUUCCCAAAAUACUCCAUUUGUAUUUUGCUUAAACCCCAAUCCCCCAAUUAGGUUGCAAACCCCUUCACUUCCAAGCAACCCCCAAAUUUGCGCCGCCACUCACACGGCCACCCCGUGAACACUCCGGCGCACAAACCCAUCUUUCUCUCUCCUCCCCGUGCAAUGGCGCAGUCACUGGAGUUGCUACUCAUUCAAUUCUUGAUGCCCGACAAUGAUGCUCGUCGGCAAGCUGAAGAUCAAAUUAAGCGAUUAGCUAAAGACCCACAAGUUGUUCCUGCUUUAAUUCAUCAUCUUCGUACUGCUAAAACUCCCAAUGUUCGUCAACUUGCUGCUGUUUUGCUUCGCAAGAAGAUUACUGGGCAUUGGGCUAAGCUUAAUUCUCAGCUUCGUCAACUUGUUAAGCAAUCUCUCAUUGAUAGCAUUACUAUGGAGCACAGUCCACCAGUGCGACGAGCUAGUGCAAAUGUUGUCGGUGUUGUUGCAAAGUAUGCUGUUCCUGCUGGAGAGUGGCCUGAAUUGUUGCCAUUUCUUUUUCUAUGCAGUCAGAGUGCACAAGAGGAUCACAGGGAGGUUUCAUUGAUUCUUUUCAGCUCAUUGACUGAAACAAUAGGGGAUACGUUUCGACCACAUUUUGCAGAUCUUCAAAGUCUUUUGCUAAAGUGCUUGCAGGACGAGACUAGCAGCCGAGUUAGAGUCGCAGCACUCAAGGCUGUGGGAUCGUUUCUAGAGUUUACACAUGAUGCAUCUGAAGUGGUCAGGUUCAGGGACUUUAUACCCGGAAUAUUGCAUGCAGCUAGACAGUGUCUUGCUUCUGGAGAAGAAGAUGUGGCUGUUAUUGCCUUUGAAAUAUUUGAUGAGCUGAUUGAGUCCCCUGCACCACUUCUUGGAGAUUCUGUUAAAUCCAUAGUUCAGUUCUCUCUUGAUGUUUGUUCUAAUCAGACUUUGGACGAGAGCACCCGUCACCAGGCUAUUCAAAUUAUCUCCUGGCUGGCAAAAUACAAGUAUAAUUCUCUUAAGAAACACAAGUUGGUUAUGCCAGUUUUGCAUGUCAUCUGCCCUUUGCUUGCGGAGUCAAGUAAUAGGGAAGAUGAUGAGGACCUUGCCCCAGAUCGGGCUGCUGCAGAAGUUAUUGACACCAUGGCUUUGAACCUCCCAAAGCAAGUGUUCCCACCAGUAUUUGAAUUUGCAUCCAUAAGCUGUCAAAAUGUCGACCCAAAGUUUAGGGAAGCUGCUGUCACAGCCUUGGGAGUUGUAUCCGAGGGCUGUUUGGAUUUGAUGAAAAGUAAUCUGAAGCCCAUGCUUCAUAUAGUUUUGGGGUCUUUAAGUGACCUAGAGCAGAUGGUGAGAGGUGCUGCUUCAUUUGCAUUAGGUCAGUUUGCUGAGCACCUGCAGCCUGAGAUUAUAUCACACUAUGAGAGUGUGCUUCCUUGUUUAUUAAAUGCUUUGGAGGAUGCAUCUAAUGAAGUAAAGGAAAAGUCAUACUAUGCACUGGCUGCCUUUUGUGAGAAUAUGGGUGAAGAAAUCCUCCCAUUUAUUGAUCCUUUGAUGGGAAAGCUUCUGGCUGCUCUUCAAAACAAUCCCCGAAAUUUGCAAGAGACUUGCAUGUCUGCGAUUGGUUCUGUCGCAUCUGCAGCAGAACAAGCUUUCCUACCAUAUGCUGAAAGGGUUCUUGAGCUGAUGAAAAACUUCUUGGUUUUGACAAAUGAUGAGGAUCUACGUUCACGAGCAAGGGCAACCGAGUUAGUAGGAAUAGUAGCAAUGUCCGUUGGAAGAGAAAGGAUGGAGCCUAUAUUGCCACCUUAUAUUGAAGCAGCAAUUGCUGGUUUUGGGUUGGAAUAUAGUGAGCUGCGCGAAUAUACCCAUGGAUUCGUUAGCAAUGUGGCUGAAAUUCUGGAUGAUGGAUUUGUGAAGUACCUUCCACAUGUUGUGCCAUUAGCAUUUUCCUCCUGCAAUCUUGAUGAUGGUUCUGCAAUUGACAUUGAUGAAUCUGACGGUGAUGAAAAUGUUAAUGGAUUUGGUGGGGUCUCAUCAGAUGAUGAAGUUCAUGAUGAACCAAGAGUUAGGAAUAUCAGUGUAAGAACAGGAGUGUUAGAUGAAAAGGCAGCCGCAACUCAGGCUCUAGGACUAUUUGCUCUUCAUACAAGAAGCUUUUAUGCACCAUACUUGGAGGAGACAUUGAAAAUCUUGGUACGACAUUCUGGUUACUUUCACGAGGAUGUAAGGCUUCAGGCUAUAAUUGCCUUGAAAAAUAUACUAAUAGCAGCACACGCAGUCUUUCAAGGUCAUGUGGACGGUUCAACAAAGGCAAGAGAAGUACUUGAUACUGUCCUGAAUAUUUAUAUUAAGACUAUGACGGAGGAUGAUGACAAGGAAGUAGUAGCUCAAGCCUGUAUGGGCAUAGCAGACACCAUUAAAGAUAUUGGAUUUACGGCUAUUGAGGCUUAUAUGCCGCAGCUAGUUGAUGCAACACUAGUGCUGCUCAAUGAGCAGUCAGUCUGUCAGCAGAUUGAGUCAGAUAGUGACAUUGAUGAAGAUGACACAGAGCACGAUGAGGUCCUAAUGGAUGCAGUUUCUGACCUUCUUCCUGCAUUUGCCAAAUCUAUGGGUCCUCAUUUUGCACCCAUAUUAGCCAAACUAUUCAGUCCCCUGAUGAAAUUUGCGAAAGCUUCACGUCCACCACAAGAUCGGACUAUGGUAGUUGCAACCCUUGCAGAAGUUGCACAGAACAUGGGUCCACCUAUUGCAGGCUAUGUUGAUGCGGUGAUGCCAUUAGUUUUGAAAGAAUUGGUUUCUUCUGAUGCAACAAAUCGGAGAAAUGCUGCCUUCUGUGUUGGCGAAUUCUGUAGAAAUGGCGGUGAAGUGGCUUUAAAAUAUUAUGGCGACAUCUUGAGAGGACUCCAUCCACUUUUUUGUGAAUCUGAACCAGAUAAUGCCGUGAGGGAUAAUGCAGCAGGUGCUGUGGCAAGGAUGAUUAUGGUACACCCCGAGGCAAUCCCAUUAAAUCAGGUACUACCUGUUUUCCUGAAAACUCUUCCUAUUAAAGAAGAUCAUGAGGAGUCAACCGCUGUUUAUAGCUGUGUUUGUAAUCUUGUUUUGUCAUCCCAUCCCGAGAUCUUGUCACUGGUUCCAGACUUGGUGAAUCUUUUUGCUCAAGUGGCAUUGUCACCCAUUGAGACUAGUGAAGUUAAAUCCCUGAUAGGAAGGGCCUUUUCACAUCUUGUUUCAAUGUACGGCAAUCAAAUGCAGCCCAUAGUGAGUUCGCUCUCCCCUGCACAUGCUGAUGCUCUUGCUUUGCUGGCCCCAAAAAGUUGAUUCUUACUGCGUCAUUAAGCUGGUUUCUAUUUGUUAGAUCCUGAAAAUAUCAACAAAAGAGAAAAAGAAUCUGUUUAGUCUUAUAAUUCCUGAAAGUAAUGAUUUUUGCCUGAACGUGACAAUGGACAAGACCUGGAUGGAGAUCUUUCAACCCCCCUCCCCACCAGGCUUAAAUCAAUCUUCGCUCCAUGCCUGCUUCUUUUUCUUGGUGAGAAAGUGGUGCCUUUACAGUUUGAUUACGAUUUUUUUGUUUACAGGUUUUGGGUUCCUUGGAAGUAAAGUUUUGUAUUCUUUUGAUUCUUUAUUUAUUUUUUUAUCUUUCCUCAAGGGAUCCUAUACGGAUCCUGCUUGUAUCGGACAAUCAUACAACUAUUGAACAGUCUCUUAAGAGGAUUGUUCAAUAAUUUUUGUUGUGAUUAUUACAUGUGUGAUAUAUGUAAGUUUUUACAAUUGACAGAGCGAUAUAUAUAGAAUGAAGGAUUGUGGGAUGUUUGUCAUA